AUGGGGCUGUUCAGCUGGCCGAACAAGAAGAAGACUGGUGAUGAUGAUGACACGCAACCUUUUGCACGUGGAGAGUAUGAACUCGUUGAGCAUGAAGGAGAAUUGCGCAAGGCAUCUGAGGAUGAGGAGGACGGGGAAGGGUCGGGAAUUGUCAUCGCCGAGUCUUCUUUUUUGAGCGGAGGAGGAGCAGGAGGAGGAGGACGAGGUACUCCGUCCAGCCAAGAAAAUGAGCCGAGCGAGUAUGAACGGCGUACUCUCCGCAGAGUCGCAGAUGAUCUGCCCUGGUCGGCUUUCCUGGUGGCGAUCGUGGAGCUCUGCGAGCGAUUCACAUACUACGGACUCAGUGGACCAUUCCAGAACUACAUGUCCAACUCGUACCAUGACCCCAAUGGGCUUCCCGGUGCCAUCGGGCUGGACCAGACGGGCGCGACGGGACUGAGCAAUUUCUUCCAGUUUUGGUGCUAUGUCACGCCGGUGCUGGGAGCGGUGGUGGCGGACCAGUAUCUGGGAAAGUACUGGACAAUUUUCUGGUCGGCAGUGAUUUAUGUGGUGGGCGUGCUGGUGCUGUUUCUCACGUCGUUGCCCAGCUUGAUAGAACAUGGAGCGGCUCUGGGCGGCUUGGUCACUGCGAUGAUUGUCAUUGGGCUCGGCACGGGAGGAAUCAAGAGUAACGUGAGCCCGCUCAUUGCGGAACAGUAUCGAAACACGAAGCUGUUCGUGCGCACGACCAGCAGUGGAGAGCGUGUUCUGGUGGACCCGGCGGUGACGAUACAGCGGAUUUAUAUGGUCUUCUACCUGUGCAUCAACAUCGGCUCGCUGUCGCCACUGGCGACGACCGUGAUGGAAGCCCACAUUGGAUUCUGGUCGGCGUAUCUGCUGUGUCUGUGUAUGUUUGUGGUGGGCUUUGCAACGCUCGUCGCGGGCAAGAAAAAAUAUGUUCUGCGUCCUCCUAGCGGCUCACCCAUCCCGAAGGCGUUGAAGAUCUGCUGGAUUGGGCUACAGAAGCGCAAUCUCGACGCUGCAAAGCCCGAAUAUCUCGAGCAGUUGGGAAACAGAUCGGUGGGUACUACGAUGCCGUGGGACUCGGUGUUUGUGGAAGAGGUGCGUAGAGCACUGGUGGCGUGCAAGGUCUUUCUCUUCUACCCCAUCUACUGGCUGGUCUAUGGACAGAUGCUCAACAACUUCAUCUCCAUGGCGGGCCAAAUGCAGCUUCACGGCGUGCCCAACGACAUUAUGCAAAACAUCGACCCCCUGACCAUCAUCAUCUUCAUCCCGUUCUGCGACAAAGUGCUCUAUCCCGGCCUUCGCAAGAUGGGCAUCCAAUUCAAGCCCAUCACCCGCAUCUUCUGGGGAUUCAUGCUCGCCGCGACCGCCAUGCUCUAUGCCGCGGGAGUACAAAAGCUCAUCUACACGUCCGGCCCGUGUUACGACGCGCCUCUCGCAUGCAGUGAAGCACUCCGGCCCGACGGAAGCCAUCGGCCCAACAACGUGCACGUCGCGGUGCAGACUCCGGCCUAUCUGCUCAUCGGUCUCUCGGAGAUUUUCGCGAGCGUGACAGGCCUGGAGUAUGCCUUCACCAAAGCCCCUCCCACGAUGAAGUCCUUCAUCAUGAGUCUAUACUUGCUCACGAAUGCCUUUGGCGCUGCUCUGGGCGGCGCCAUCAGUCCGUUUGCCGUGGACCCGCAGCUGUUGUGGAUGUACAUUGGUCUGGCAGCGGCAUGCUUUGUGGCGGGAUGCAGUUUCUGGGCCCUCUUCCACAAGUUGAAUGAGAGUGAGGAUGCGAUGAAUGAGCUGGAUCAGUAUAGCGAUUCCAUGAAGCCUACAUAG